AUGUCGACGCUCCUCAAACGCACAUUUGCCUCGGGCACCCCAUCCUCUGCCUCGUCAGCACCAUCUCCAUCACCGGCACCGUCACCAUCGCCAUCGUCUACCACCCGACCCUUGAACUCGGACACACUGCCUCACGGCCGGUACAUCCCCGAGGACAAGCGCAACUGGAAGUACCAGCACUUUCCACGUCCAAAGACUUCCCCCGCCGCCGCCUCCUCGUCAACCGCGUCCGCCGCCUCCUCGUUCCUCGCGGGAAUGGGCAGGAGCCUGCGCAGGACCAAGGGCAAGGGCAAGGACAAGGACGACGACAAGAAGCAGAGGAGACGUAGCGAACUGCCCCCGUCCCACCUGCACUCGGCCCAGUCUAGCAACCACAACGCCGACCAAAUCCAGAAUGGCCGCACAGCAGCCAGCGUGCCCACCUCGCCUCGACGAGCGCGGCAUGACCUGCCCCCGUCGGUCUCACCCUCGCCCUCGUCCUCGCCCGCAUUCUCACGCUCGUCAUCCAGCUCCAGCUCCGGAUCAUCGGCGCCGCUCACCAGCACGGCUCUCCAUCCACACGCACCUGCACCUGCGCACACCGACGAACGUCAUCCUGACGACAUCGUCUACCCCGAGUCCUACCCCUGGCGACCCUCGCGCCGCGACCCAACGGCGAGCUACGUCGACCCAUCGCAUCGCAACCCCUCGGCCAAGCAGGCCUUCUACGACACCCAUUUCGGCGUCAGCAGCGGCUGGAACGAGACCCGGUCCAGGAUCACCAAGCGCUUCUUUUGGCGCAACGCGUCGCAGCAGCAGCAGCAGCAGCAGCAGCAGCAGCAGAACGCGGCGCAAAUCACUCAGUCUGGGACCUUGCCGGACCGCGGGCUGAGCGGUGGAGAGCAGCUGAGCGCAAAGCAGAGCGGGUUCGGCAUCGGCAUGAGCAUGGAAGACGCCGCCAGGACCGACGCCAUCGUCUCGCCGCAGCCCCAGCGCGAGGGCGUCGACCCGCUCUCGCUGCAACAAGAGUCUGCUGCGACGGCCGAGCCUACGACCGCGACGCCGACUGUGCCGACGCCGGCCAACACGGCAGACAAGAGGGCCAAACGCAACAGCGGCUUCUCGCUGCCGGCGCCCAACUGGAAGAGCCUCACGAGCGCCUGGUCCUUUGUCUCGGCCCACUCGGCCGAUCUCCUCUCGACGUCGUCGUCUGCCGUUCAGCCCGAGGCUCCCCUCAACCCGGGCCCUCCUCCCUCUGCGCCCCCCGCGGCUCCGUCCGCAGCAGCAGCACCCGCCGUCAACCUGCUCGAGCCCGAGCUGGUUCCCACGGUGCAGCGCCACCGGGGCAUCUCGCAGUUUGUGCGCGGCGUCGAGGGCAACGUCGUCAUCCUGGGCGGCUACCGCGGCAGCGUACUGCGGUCCGCCGAGACCGACGAGCGGCUCUGGAUCCCCAUCAAGGUGGGCGUGGGGCUGCGCCGGCCCACGCUCGAGCUGGCGCUCGACGCCGAGGCCGAGUCGCGCUCCGAGGCCGACGUCUACGCGAGCGACAUGGUGACGCACAUUGGCCGGCUCGUCGACAUGGGCAAGCGGCUCCAGACCCGGCUGGCCACGAGCUCGCCGCGGUGCACGGUGCACACGUGGGGGUACGACUGGCGCCUCUCGCUGCCGCUGUCGUCGGCGCGCCUCGUCGCGUUCCUCACCGAGCUGUACGAGGCGUCGUCGCCGGACCCGUCGAGGCGGCGCGGCGCCAAGGUCGUGGCGCACUCGAUGGGCGGCCUGGUGACGCUGUUUGCGCUGGCGACGGCGCCGGACCCGCGCAUCUUUAGCGGCAUUGUGUUCGCCUCGACGCCGUUCGAGGGUACGCCCAACAUCCUCGGGCCGCUGCGGUACGGCGAUGCGGCCCUGUUCAACGAUACCAUCUGCAGUCCGCGCGCCACGUUCAGCUUCCGGAGCAGCUUCUACCUCCUCCCCAAGCGGGGCAGGUGCUUUUACGUGCCCGCGAGCCAGGACGACGAGGACGAGGGCCAAGGCGAAGGGGAGGAGGGGGGCAGGUACGAGGAUCUCGACUUCCUCGACGUCGAGACGUGGCAGCGGUACGGCUUUAGUCCCUGCAUCGUCCCCGGCCACGCUGGCGGCGGCAGCGGCGGGCAAGAUGAAGAGAGGGCGCGGGACAAGGUGGGCCUACCCGACUCCUCACUCGGCCAGCCUCCCCUUCCCUCGGCCGCGGCGGCGGUUGCGCCAUCGGCGACGACAACGACAGGGGACGAGGAGGACGAGGAGGUGCAAGAACCGAGACGCUACCUGGCCCGGACGCUCAAAGAGGUACGGAGGUUCCACGACGUGCUCGAGACGUCGUUCGAUCCGGCCAAGUUCCAGCGAGGACUGUACCCGCCCAUCGUGGUGUUGACGUCGGGCCGUACACCCUCGGUAUCCGGGGCCAUUGUCGGUCUCCCACCGUCGCCCGACGAUACCGCCACCACCUCCGCCGCUGUCGCCGGUACCACGACGACGGCGACGGGAUGGGAGGACGACGUCAGGGAGGGCAACUACGCCAGCAUGAAGUACGCACCGGGCGACGGGCUGAUUACGCGCCACUCUUCGACGUCGCUCCCCGGUGGGUGGUCACGCCUCCUCGUGCGUCGGGACGAAGUCACGCACCCGCAUCCGCACGAUGACGAUGUGGCGCUGUCGAGCGGGAAGAGGGAGAGGAAGAGCAAGACGGUGCUGCGACUCGACGGACCGGGCAUCGUCGAGAGUCCACACCGCCAUGUCACGCUGCUGAGCGACGUCGAUGGCGUCGUGCGCUGUUUGGAGGCGCUCAAGAGGGCCGAGGGUCGUAGAGCGGCCUCGGGCUCGGCGGUGCGUAGAGGCGCUUAG